CUUUCAUACGCUAUAGAAGUGCGUAGGACGGUGCUCCAAUAUCGGCAUUUCACCUACCCCAUUUGGUUGCCGUUUUUGGGCAAACCUGACUUCACCUAAACGUCACCUGACGCACUACGCCGGAAAUGGUGUCGGAGGAAAAGCUCGUUAGGCGGCUCAGGGAAUUCCUCAGUACGUCAGACCUUAACACGACGACAAAUGCUUCCGUUCGCCGGCAACUCGAGAAAGACUUUGGCAUCGAUUUGUCCGACCGAAAGUCCUUUAUCCGUGAACAAAUCGAUAUCUACCUAGAGCAAGCUCAGACCCAAAAUGCGGAAAAACAAGAGGCAGAACAGACUGCUGAGAAGAUAGAAGACGAGAAAGAAUCGUCGACUGCCGCUGCAAAUGAGGCCGACGAAGAGGAGGAAUCGGAAGAAGUGGAGGAGGGCGAGGGAGAUGAGGAGGUGAAAAAACCCAGUAACAGGAAGAGGAAGCAGAGUAAGGAAGUCAAUAAGAGAGGGAAUGGAUUUACCAAACCAUGCAACCUUUCUUCCCAACUUCAAAAGUUCAUUGGGGAAUCACAAAUGGCAAGAACUCAGGUGGUAAAGCAUAUGUGGAACCACAUUCGAGAAAAUAAUUUGCAAAACCCUUCUAAUAAGAAGAUAAUAAAUUGUGACGAUAAAUUGCGCGAACUGUUUAAGGUGGAUUCCAUAGACAUGUUUCAAAUGAACAAGGCACUGUCAAAGCAUAUUUGGCCACUGGACUCUGAUGGGGCUUCAGUGUCUGCUAGCGCAACACAAAAGAAAAAGAAACCUAAGCCGGAGACUGACGAAGCUUCAGUGUCUGCUGGCUCAGCACCAAAGAAAAAGAAACCUAAGCCGGAGCGUGAUGAAGCUUCCGUGUCAGCUAGUUCAAGACCAAAACAAAAGAAACUUAAGCCAAAGAGUGAUGAAGAUUCUGAUGAGCCAAAGGGUGGGGAAAAGAGGAAGAGUGGGAUUCUUGCUCCACUUCGCCUCUCCGAUGCUCUGAUGGAGUUUCUUGGCACUGGUGAAAGUGAAUUGUCAAGGCCUAGUGUUGUCAAGAGAAUAUGGGAUUACAUCAAGGAAAACAAUUUGCAGGAUCCAUCUGAUAAGAGAAAAAUAGUAUGUGAUGAUAAACUAAAGGAGCUCUUCAAAGUCGACACAUUCAUCGGAUUUUCAGUCUCCAAACUUCUGAAAGAUCACUUCACGAAGAUAUAGCAGGGAGCUUUGUUCAUCUCUCGUCAAUGGAACUUGGAUUUUUUACGGGAGUUUGAACCACAAUGCUAACCAUUUUCUCUUGCUUAGUAUGUUGUGUAACCUGAUAGUACUAUGAGAGCUCUGGUUGGGUUCUGUUUUUCAGGGGGUGGGGGUUCGAAAUGAAAUUUCAGCUCAAGUAAUCCCCCAUUUUGUGCAGUCCCUUCUAAAAACAGUGCAAGGGUUGAAUAGUUAUUUUUGUUUUGGCAAUGUAUGCUCGAAUAGUUCCUUUAGACAUUCCCA